AUGACUGAAAGCUCUCGCAUGCAACAGCCCGCGGAGAACAUCCAGGGCAUGUUCACUGCUGACUCUGGAGCUGGCCCUCCAACAGGAAGCACUGUGCAGACCCAGCGGGCCCUGGACCCUCACAGUUCCCUCGAGGAUUACAACCGUACCUUGCUCGAGUACACCCAGAGACAGAUGUCGUCUUUUGUUGACCUCGACGAUGGCGGCCAUCGCGGCAGUGGCGCCAGCAGUCGGAGCAGCCAAAGCAGCGGCAACAGUGGCCAGAGUGGUUCCUCCAACAACGGCACGCUUGCUCACCAGGCCAAUGGACCUCCUCCCACUUCGGCUAGUGCCCAGCACCAGGCCUUCCAGCGGAUUGGCCGAAAUCCCGAGGGCAGCCCUAACGAGGCCAAGCCUUCGCGCUACUAG